GCCGCCAUUCAAAAGUUUCAAGAAUUCCACAAGUCAAGUGUAAGCAAAUAAGAAAAGUCACCGGUCAACAUGAGACUACUAAAUAAUGAUACUGCUACUGUCAUCUAUCGCCUGCCCCAUCCAUAUAAUACGAUUUACUAAAAGCCUGCCAUGUUUGAUAAUGCAACUUGUGUAGGGUAUUUAGAUGUUUUUUUGUAAUACCAUCAAUGUGUGUUUAAAGAAAGGCCUCUUGUGUAUCUGCACGACAUCUCAAACAAAACCAAUCAAUAAAAACAAGAAACAAUCUUCUUUCUCAUGGACAGAUCUCAAGAACACUAUGCCAAUGGUGACCAGAACUUAGAAGCAAACCUUAUAGAUCAUGAGGUGGUAACUGAAUCAUCAUCAUCAGCUGUGCCUCAAACCGAGAACUAUAAAAGGUGGCUUCGUGUCUCCAUAUACGUAAUCUUUGUCCUCUUUUGCCAGCCACUAGCUACAAUUCUGGGUAGAUUGUACUAUGAAAAUGGAGGAAAUAGCACAUAUGUGGUAACACUUCUUCAACUCAUUGGCUUCCCUGUACUGGUUCUGUUCCGCUUCUUUUCUCGAAUCAGGCAACCCAAAUCAACAGAUACAAAUUUCAGUCAGUCCCCUUCCUUCACCACCCUUGCAUCGGUUUACUUGUGCACUGGACUGCUAGUGUCCGCUUAUGCUUAUUUGUCUGCAGUAGGGUUGCUCUACUUACCAGUCUCUACUUUCUCCCUCAUCUUGGCCUCACAGUUGGCCUUCACUGCCUUUUUCUCAUAUUUCCUUAACUCGCAAAAGUUCACUCCUUUGAUAGUCAGUUCUUUGCUUCUCCUCACUGUAUCCUCUGCUCUUCUUGUGGUCAACACUGAUUCAGAAAACUCAACUAAUGUAUCUAGAGUACAGUAUGUGAUCGGGUUCAUAUGUACCAUCGGUGCUUCCGCUGGGAUUGGACUGUUACUAUCUCUGAUACAAAUGCUCUUCAGGAAAGUUUUCACGAAGCAUACAUCCUCAGCAGUCACGGACUUGGCCAUUUACCAGUCUCUAGUUGCGAGUUGUGUAGUUCUCAUAGGACUUUUUGCAAGUGGAGAGUGGGAAACUUUGCCAAGUGAGAUGAGAAACUACAAACUCGGGAAAGUGUCAUAUGUUUUGACUUUAGCCUCGGCAGCUAUUUCCUGGCAAGUCUACACUCUUGGUCUUGUGGGAUUGAUCUUCGAGUCAUCCUCUGUGUUCUCCAAUUCCAUAACAGCUGUGGGAUUGCCUAUAGUUCCAGUUGCGGCAGUGAUAGUUUUCCAUGAUAGAAUGGACGCAUCAAAAAUCUUCUCCAUUAUUUUAGCUAUCUGCGGCUUCCUUUCAUUCGUCUAUCAGCACUACCUCGACGAAAAGAAGUUGAAUACUAGCCACACAAGUGCUGUAGGAGAUCUUCAUCUACCUGUUGAGGAAGGUCACACAAACAUACAAAGUGUGUGAUCAAAGCAUAUUUCCAGUAUAAAGCCAAUGUAUCUUUCUUUUUUUCCCCUCAAAGGCCAAAGCCAAUGUAUCUUUGUACAGUUUGAGCAUAAAAAACGUGUAACGCUACUUUGCAAACUAGUCAGUCAUAAUAGCUAAUAAGUUUUGUACAUAUGAUACCAAUAAUUUCAGAAUAUUUUUCUUCUAUAUAUACCAAUAAGUUUUCUUAAAGAUGCAAAUGCAAUACUCUGCUUUGUAAUUUUGCAAUGCAUUUGAAACACCGAAUCAAGAGCAAACAACGAAGUCAGAGAGACAAAUAGGCUAAAACAGAGCUUUGAGCAAAAAAAAAAAACAAGUGAACAGAUAUAAUACCCACUUACUUGGAAGCCACUGACAUAACAGAUAAACAAUGUAGUGACUUGCAACAAAACUCCUUAAAAUACCAAAAACGUAUACUCUAGGAGCUUGGCUUCUUGUAUCUUUGUUGACUUCUGAUUUAACGUCAAUAGACACUGAGGAAAAAGAGUUCUCUUAGAGCCGCCAUUCAAA